UGGGAGAGGAGUUGAUUGGUGGCCUAUAAAUAUGAAGAAAUCUAAUCCCCCGAUUUAGUUGUGAUUUUAUCAUAUUCAUGGAUGGAGAUUCCUCGUUGACGUCAAGAUCAAGUUCUUCCUACACUUUCUACCAUUUCUUUUCACACCCGUUUCCCAAUUCCUCAAAUCUUCAUCUCUAUCCUCCUUCUACAACCUAAUUAGGGUUUUCAGUUCCCUCCCUGAUUCUCUGGACCACCACAAAUUUCUUCCUCAUUCUCCAUUUUUUUCUAUUUAUAUCAUUUCCAACAUCGCUUCCCAUGAAGAACCCUAGGAAUAAGAAGAAGAAGAAGAAGAUCCCAACUCCGGCGUUGGGAUCCACCGCUGGUAACUUUGUUGUUAAAGAUGACGUUAAUGUCGUCGGCGUAGUGACUGAGGCCUUCUCGGUGGCUUCUCUUAACGAUCCGUCGGUACCUGUAGCUGGAGAAGCUAGGGUUGGUCUGAACGAAGACGCUGAUAGUUUUGAUGAUUUGACGACGACUUUUUCCUCGUCGUCAAGCGCGAUCGCCGCUUCGUGUUCGAGUUCGUAUUCUUCUGAGGAUGUUUUGGAUUAUAAAGGUUAUAUGGGGAAGAAGCAGAAGCGGGUCGUUGCUGCUACGGGAACAAUAUCCACAGUUUUAGGGAAGGAUUAUGUUCGGUCUUCAUUGAAGCGAGAUUCGAGGAAUAAAUUCAUGGAGUUAGACCGUGGGAAGUUUUCUCAACAGGAGGCAGAGCAAUUCCUUUGCUCCAUGCUUGGGGAUGAGUGUGAGCUGAGCAUGGCUGUUGUAAGAGAUGUGCUAUGUCAAUGUGGAUAUGAUGUGGCAAAGGCUUUAAAUGUAUUACUUGAUUUAGCUGCUCCUAGUAAAAAGUAUGAAAAUGGUAGGGACUCGUGCAAUGGUGCUAACUUCCGACAAGAUUUGGGAUCUCCAAUUGAGCAUAUUGAAAAUUUGAUAGAUCGUGCAUCCGAUUCUACCUCCUACUCAUCUGAAAGUGAGUUUCAGGAGAGUAUUUGGUCGUUUGUGGCCGUCUGUAGGAAUGAUGUGAAGGUUCUUGGUGGUUCUGAAGUCCAAAAACCACAACCCUCAAGAAGUAUUGAAUCUGAUCUCCCUCAAACAUUGUUAGAAACUUUAUUCAACAUUUCGAGAAGUCCUGAAUACGAACCAAGCACCAUGAAUUGGAGAAGUAUGGUGAAGAAAAUGCAAUCUCUAGGGCCUGCCAUUGAUGUCAAUAUCUCAAGUUGUGUUCAGGAUAAUAAUGACAAUAAAUCUAAAGAUGACUAUCAGUUCUAUAGGGAAAAUGCAAAUCAACAUUGGGAUUCGGUGAAAUCCUAUUACCAGAAAGCAACAGCAGCGUAUACAAAAGGACAACACAAUUAUGCAUCUUACCUUUCAGAGCAGGGGAGAGCACAAACUAGACUGGCGCACAAGGCUGAUGACAAAGCAAGUCAUAAUAUAUUUCUAGCCAGAAAUAGGGAGAUAGAGAAUGUGAUAACAAUUGAUUUGCAUGGGCAACAUGUCAAACCGGCAAUGAGGCUUCUUAAAAUGCACCUACUAUUUGGAUCUUAUGUUUCCUCCAUUCAGUCUCUCAGGGUUAUCACUGGAUGUGGAUCACAUGGUGUAGGGAGAUCAAAGUUGAAAACUUCGGUUAUCAAACUCCUAGAAAACGAGGGUGUCGAAUGGAGUGAAGAGAAUCGGGGAACCAUACUGAUCAAGCUGAGUGGUUACAGAGAGUUCAACUUUCUGGAUUCUCAUAGCGAUACUGAGUAAGAUUUCUUAUUCAUCAAAAUGUCCAUUACUUGAUGUAUUUUAGUGCAUAGCGCAUUGAUCAAGGGCAAGGUAUUGAAGUUCAUUGUAAACUUAUAGAAGUUGGCUGUAGUUUGCAUAGUUAGGCAAAGAACUUAAAUUAGGCCCUAAUCCAAAACUAAUUGAUACUUAUAAUUGUGCCUAGAGCAUUUUUUCUUGCCCUUCAUUUGAAAACCUUGUAAUUGCCCCUUUAUUUACUUUUUAGUUUAAUUGACUAUCAUAAUGUACAACAAGAUUUAUAAGAUUUUUUUUUUCUGUUGGGUGGAAGAUUUGUACCCCAUGGGCAGUAACGGUAAACUAAGUCGAUCAUGUAUUGCCUUUGUGUUGUACCGAUAGUUCUCCCUCCUAAUGUGUCUGAUUCUCUUUUGUAAAUUGCCUUGCUUAUAUCCAAUGAUUCAAUGAA